AUGGUGGAUGUUUGUUCGCUAUUGAUGAUUCCCUCUCGAGGGCGCAAAUUUACAUGGACAACUAACAGGAAGGCAGGGCAUGUUGCUGUUGUAUUGGAUAGGAGUUUUUGUAACAAAGCCUGGCUCUCAGUUUGUGGGGAUAGUUCUCAGAUAGUGCUUACUAGUACUAUGUCGGAUCAUGCUCCCAUCCUUGUCGUGGCUGAAGCUGUGAAAAGACUAGAGAAUGUUCCCUUUAGGCUUCAACGGUUUUGGUUGGAACAUCCUAAUUUCCUGCAUAUUGUGCAGGAGUCCUGGAAGGAGUGGAUCUCAGGGUCUUCUAUGUUUGUGUUGGCUCAGAAGCUGAAAAGAUUAAAGCCUAUUAUUAGGGCUUGGGCUAAGGAAAACUAUCCAAACUUUGAGGAGCAAGUUCACUCCUCUAAAAAGGAGUUGCAAGCUGUCCAGGAAGAAAUUGAAAGAGUGGGGAUGAGUGACCUUCUUUUUUAUCGCGAGCUAGUGGCUAAAAACAAUUACAAUGUGGCGGUGGAUAACUUUGAAAAGCUCUGGGCAGAAAAGUCUAGGUUGAAUAGGAAGGUGUACGGUGACAAAUGCUCAAAGUUUUUCCAUCUCUCUACCAAGAUUAGAAGAGCAAAAAAUAAAAUUUGUUCUCUGGAGACAGCAGACAGGCAUGUUCUUAUGGAUCAAGAACAGAUAAAAAACUAUGUGGAGUAUUAUAAAAAUUUUCAUAAGGCUAUGGAGGUGGUGGAGCAUAAGGAGCUUCUUAAUUGCAUUCCUCGGGUUUUGGAGGAUGUGGAUAAUUUCAGAUCGGAUUCGGUCCCUCGCGAUUCAGAAAUUAGAGCGGUAGUGUGGCAACUGGAUCCUGAUUGCUCCUGGGCCAAACGGGUAGAUGGUGCUUCAGCUCUAGAGAAAUUCAGGCCAUUAUGCAUGGGGAAUUUCUUUUACAAGAUUUUGUCCAAAAUCAUGGCUCUUAGGCUGGAGGUGGUUCUCCCUAAAUUAAUCUCAGAAGAACAGGGUGUGUUUCAAAAGGGGAAGGUGAUUCAUGAUAAUAUUGUAAUUGCUUCAGAGCUUGCUAACUUGAUGUCGGCGGCUUCUAGGGGAGGAGGGAUGGGGCUGAAAAUAGACAUCCAAAAGGCAUAUGAUACAAUCUCGUGGGAUUUUAUCUUCAAAGUGAUGAUUAAAUUUGGGUUCUCAGAGAGGUGGAUUAAAUGGCUUGGUUGUUUGCUUUCUUCUACUAGAUUAUCGGUGCUUGUGAAUGGAGGGCCUGUUGGCUUUUUUGGUGUGGAACGCGGGCGGGCUGCGCCAAGGUGCCAAGCUAUUGUGGAGGUGUUCCACACUAGGUACCUCGGUGUGGAGAUUUCCAAGGGCCGUGUGAAAAGGGAUAUGCUGCUCCCGGUGAUGGAUAGAGUCAGAAAUAAAAUGGCUGGUUGGAAAGGCAAACUGCUCUCGAUGGCUGGUCGUGUUGAAUUGGUGAAGUCCGUGGUGUCUAUUAGUUGGGAUAAUCUUUGCAAGCCAAAGGCGGAAGGGGGAUUGGGGAUAAGGAGGCUUAGAGAUGUGAACAUGGCUAUGUUGUGCAAGCUAACUUGGAAGAUUAGGAAUGACAAGUUGUUGUCUUCCACUUUCUUGAGACACAAGUACGUCAAUAAAUGGGGGAAUUUGCAGAGUGGUUAUAAAGCUUCCUCCAUCUGGCCAGGUAUUAGGAAAAUGUGGAGUUUUGUGAAGGAGAAAGAGCACUGA